CAGCAGCAGCAGCAGCAGAUAACAACAACAAUGGCUGAUCCAAGGACUGAAGUUCGCAACGACGCUGAUCUGCCCGUCGCCGUAGCUGCCCCAGACCCCAAAAACGUGCAGGAACUCACCAAAUAUGUGACAGUGUUGCUACAGCAAAUGCAGGAGCGGUUUCAGACCAUGUCUGACCAGAUUAUAUCAAGAAUAGAUGAAAUGGGAACCCGUAUCGACGACUUGGAAAGAAAUAUUGCUGAUCUAAUGACACAAGCUGGGCCAGAAGAAGUAGAUAAGUGAAAUUAUGUUUAUAUAAGUACUAUGUAUGUGGUUCUAAGAAGAGUGAUGAGUAUGUGAAACAGGUUGUAUGAAGAACAAUCUUUUUAACAGAUUGCCUAAAGAUUCAUACUUAAAGAUCCAUUGUUAUUUUUUCUAUAAUACACUCAUUUAACAAUUAAGGUAGUAAGACAACUUUAAUCAAGGCACAAUAUGAACAUAAGUACCAAAGAAUGAUGUAAGAACUUGAAAGUAAAAGAAAUAAGUUUAGAAACAAGAUAUGCCUGUUUGCCUGUUAUUAUUGAAUAGCUGUUGCACCACUGGAUUCCCUCACUAAUGUAUGAAGCAGUGUAUCUGCAAUUCAGCCUAACCUCUGACAGUGUAAGCAGGUCUGUGGGCUAAUCAUGUUUACUUUGUCAGUUGUGUCUUGCAACAAUACUGUCUGUGUUAGGGUAUGUUCCCUCUUUUUGGUGAUUUGUCAAGGAUAUAAGGAAAGGUUAUGCUGGAUAUUUGAUGGUAAUAUUUAACAAGGUAUUGUCAUUAAUGUGAAGUCAUUAAAUGCUCCUAUUGAUGUAUUAUAUGUAUUACUUCACAUAUAUUGCUUAAUUUAUUAAUCUAAUUUCACAUACAUUUCAAUGCUAGUUUUUGUAAUACAUUUCUAGUAUCUUUGUAUACACAUGAUGUCACACUUAAAGUGAAAUUUUGGUAAAGGGAGAGAAAGAACAAGGAAAAGAACUAUCCAUUGAUAAUCAAAUAGAAAUUUUUCCUAGUUGACACAAUAAAAUUUAAAAAAGCAAACACCGUCAGUGACAAAACUGUUUCUUAUUGUUUCAUGAAAUUUUCUUUGUAUACCAUUUUUUAACCCACUGUCACAUCAGGAAUCACUUAUUUUUUAUUUUUUUAUUUAUUUAUUUAUUUUUUUUUUAUGUAAGGGGAGCACUGGCCAAGGGCAAGAAAAAUGCUGGAAAAACAAGGCCCACUAGAGCUCCAGACUCCAAAGAGAAGUAAAAAAAGGAUAGAGGGCAAGUGUCUUGAAACAUCCUUCUUGAAACUUUUCAAGUAUAAGAGGGAGGAAAUACAGAAGCAGGCUAGGAGUUCCAGAGUUUACUAGAAAAAGGAAUGAAUGAUUGAGGAUACUGGUUAACUCUUGCAUUAGAGAGAUGGACAGGACAGGGGUGGGAGAAAGUAGACAGUCUUGUGCAAUAAGGCCAUGUGAAGAGGGGAGGCAUGCUGUCAGCAAGAUCAAAAGAGCAGUCAAUGUGAAAAUAGCAGUAAAAGAUAGCAAGAGAUGCAACAUUGCAGUGAUGAGAAAGAGGCUGCAGACAGUCAGUCAGAGAAGAGGAUUUCACAAGACAAAAUGCUUUUGAAAAGAUCCACCCUGUCUAGAAGAGUGGUAUGAGUGGAUAUUUCUGAGGGGCUCUGAACUCUACAGAAUAUGAGGUGCUGUGAGAUAAAUACAUCUUUUCAGGAGGGUAUUUGGAACCACACGAAGAUGGAAAGAAUAGUAUGAAAAAAUAAAUCCAUAGGAUGUGUGGAAUGUACUCUGAUUUGAUGAAAUGUACUGUACUCCACAGCAGCAUACAACACUUAUUUUCUUAUUUUUAUUUUGUUUAUAUAUAUAUAUAUAUAUAUAUAUAUAUAUAUAUAUAUAUAUAUAUAUAUAUAUAUAUAUAUAUAUAUAUAUAUAUAUAUAUAUAUAUAUAUAUAUAUAUUAUUUAUUUACUUAUUUAUUUUAUUUAUUUAUUUAUUUAUCAUUAUUUUUUAUUUGUUUUUUUCUUGUCACUCUAAAUACAUGUAACCUUACCUCUGUUACUAUGUUAUCAUAAAGUAUUUGUGGUGCAUCCAGAAUUAUGUAUUAUUUUGCAGUGCAGUGAAAGAAAAUACUUGUAUGAUAAUAAUAGGGUUUCAGUACUAGUAUAUAAGCUUAAUGUGUCAGCCAGCUAGAAUACUGCUCAUUUAUCCACCUGUUCUUUUUCUGCUCUUUUUUUUUUUUUUUUUUCAGUGAACAAGUUUUUUCUUCAGAUAUUUACCUACUUAUUGUGGUCUUAGAUUUCUCUUUUAUUUUGAAAUAUUCUUCUUUCCCAUAAUAUUCUGGAAUGGAAUGAGACAUCUAAAACCAAAGGUGCAUCAACAACGAAACACAAUUUUUAGUUUGUGGCAUUUAAAGUUUUAGUGUUUAUCUUAUAGCAGAUUUGUGGAAAAUAACACAAUACUGAUACAGUGGCAUCACUUCUCUGUCACUCCCCAUUGAUUGGGUGAGCUGUGGAGUGGUGCAAACCUCUGCUUGUCAAAAAUCAAAUGAGUUUACCUGCGCUGUUUACCCACUCUUAUGAUCCAUGCUUAACGCAUAAACCAGUGAAUUGGCACACAUGCCCCUCUGCUUCUAGAUGCCUCAUAUAUACAGGCUACCCCAAAAGUCACUAUACACUUUUAGUAAAUUCCUCAAAAUUGCACAAGAAACAUGUUAUUUAUAUUUCUAGCAUCAAAAAAAAGUCAUUGUAGUUUCACUUGCAAAAUUUGCCAUCAUGUUCCUACUCCCUAAAGACUUAUUGUGACCCUUCACAGUAGUACCUCAGUUCUUGUGUAAGUUUUAGGAAUUUUCAAAGUGUAUACAUAGUGACUUUUGGUACACCCUGUAUAUCACAUACGUAUAUAUGUGUACCUAAUGAAUAUUUUUCUGUAUUACAAAAUAACUAUUUAUCACAGGCAUAAACUUCAUAACAACAAAGCUUAACAAAAUAUGAGACAAGCAAUUUGAGUUGUGGGAAAGGUGAGAAUGAGAAUGCCUUAGUAGCAGAAUUAGUGUUUCACCUGCUUUCCUGAGUAAGACCACUAGUUGUAUCAUGGCACUGUGGGUAAAUAUGCAUCAGUCAUAAUGAUAACAUUUAAAGUAUUAGCCUUUACCUUUGUGUCAUUGCUUUUCUCUGAAUGGCAUUGGUAGAGACUUGAGUAACUUUACCAAUAAUGUUUGCUUCUCAGAUUGUAUUAUUGAAAUAUAUUACUUCAAGUUAAUCAGACAUGAAAAUGAUCAAGUGUAUGAUUUUCUUCUUCAUAAUGCUUAAAUAAACAUGCACUCAGGUUUUCAUUCCAAGUGUUGGCCAUCCAGGUAAUUGCAUCUUUUUAGGACUUUAUUACAAUAUUAUUUCCAUUAGUUGGGCAUCAUUCAGGCAUUGUGUGCAAAAUUAGUGCCAAAGGGUCACUUUUAGAGGUGAAGCAGGAAACCCUUUAUUGGUCUACAUGCAACUAAAUUUUGCAGUGUAUCGUUGGAAAUUUAUUGCUGUUUGAAAGAAUCAUGAACGUGGAGUGGAGUAAUGAAAGUUCAAGUUAUGCAGUCAUGUUAAUUUCUUCUAUUCUUAUGACACAGAGCCAACUUCUUGGUCUUCCAUAUAUUUUCUAUAUAUGCACUUUUGCAUCACAUGACUGCCAAAUGAAACCUCUGCACUCUUUCUGAUACAUGGUUUGUUUAUGAUUUAUUAAUAUGCUGUUUGAUACAUUCAAAAGAUUUUUUCACAGUCGUAGAAAUUACAUAUAUAAUGAUUAAUGUUAAAAGGAAUCAUAGCCAUAUUUUGAAAUUUUUUAUCUUUAAAAAUAUAAGGAAGACAUGCUCAAGGGAAAAAAGUUCAUCCACAAGAAUAAAACUAUACAAAAAAAAUAAA